AUGACAUUGGCGUUGCGGCAGUCCCACCUCUUCCUGAGCCAUCAAAUGAAGCAGACAACAGCAGGAGCCACUGCGGGGGCCACGGGAGGUAAACAUGAAAGUCUUUAUAACUAGGACAAAACUUGUAACACUCUGAACUUGUGCAAUAUGGAAAACGGAUGUAUUAUGAAGCUACAUAAAAAAAUGUACUUCUUCGACUGAUGCAAUAACUUAAAAUCAGCAAGUCAGAUCAGGCCAUACUAAGCAAUAAACGUGACAUAAGUUGUACUAAGUGUCCCAGACUCAGGAAUUCAACAUUCAAAAGUCUGAUUCCAAGGCCUAAUAAUAUAUUACAACAAAUCUUAUACCAUGACUGUUGCCUUUGCAGUCCCACCUGUUUCUGAGCUGUCAAAUGAAGCACAUGAAGCAGAACCAUUGCAGGGGCCGCUGGAGGUAAAUAUGAAAGUCUUUAUAACAGGGAUGAAACUUGUAACACUCCGAACAUCUGUAAUGUGGAAAACUGCUGCAUUAUAAAGCUAAAAAGUGAAUUGAUUCAACUGAUGCAAUAAGUUAGGAUCAACGGUAACAAUAAUAUUUGUGCAAGAAAGCACAAAAAUGAAACAGAAGUAGUAAAAGCAAUGGGCAUGAAAACUGCUGAGGAACAAGAUUUGACCAUUGAGAGGCUUUGCAUUUAGGAGAUUACCACCACAAUUACAUGUUGGCCCCGGAGGUGGUAAGGAUGCCAACAAAAGACGAAGAGCAGGUUGCAGCUAACUUUUUGCCUUGCAAGAUUUGAAUGGGAUUUUUUAUGCCUUCAGAGCUCAGCAGGCACUGAUAAAAUUGCCCCAUAGGUCUCAAUGGUCAAAGGUACAGUAAGAAGCUAAACUUCUACUGCCAACCACGGUAUUGUCCUCUCACUGGCCCUAAAGCUUGGGCACAGCAUAAGCAGUGUGUGCAAGUCAGCUCAAAACACCAGCUUUACAGAAAAAGAUGAGGCUGCCACCAGAGAGUGCCAGAACUUUAUUGACCUUUUUGAGGUAGAGUGGACCAUCAAGAUAAAUUCUAUCCGUCCCUUGCCUCAAUGGGGUAAAAGAACCAAAAUAAAGUGGAAAUCUCGCCACUAGCUGGUGACUUUGAUGGCAGAUCUUUCACACAUUUUAGAGGAAGGGGAAGAAUCGCGAACUCAUUGGAGCAGUUUGGCCAAGACUACUCUGGCUUAAAUAAUAUUAUUACAUUCAACAAAAGGUGCUUCAGGGAGACUGCGACCCUAAAUAUACAGCAAUGUCGACCAAACUGGGCAAAGUUCAGUAGUGCCUUAAAGUCAUCAUUGACUGCCUUGGAAAAGCAACUUUGUGAGGGGUAACGGCUAGAUGAUAGUAAAAUUGGAUUAGAGCUACGGAAGGGAUGGAAAUAGGAAAAAAGACCUGACGACUCGUUUAUUCAAACAUAAACAUAUAUUAAGUAUUGUAUACUGAUUUAAGAGUAGGAGUAUGCAAUGUUUGUAGUACAGUAAAAACAGAUGGUUUCAGGUACAGGCUGAUCUAGUUCUUAUUUAUCUGGUGCUUAGUGAGAAGUCAGCCUGAAGAUGUUCUAAAAAUGUUCUUAAACUUUAUUUCAGAAAUACUACACAUAACAUGUUACAAGAGGUUUAGGAUAUUUUAUUGCUUUUAUUGUAAGUAAGCAAGUAGACAAACAAAUCUGUACGUCAGUCAACAAAAUAAAAAUCUGUCAGGUAGUAAACUAGUUAACAUCAACGAGUAGAAAUGUAACAUUAGCUUAAACAUUUCUAUAAUAUUUCUUACAGUCACGCUAACUCAACCAGGGACAGUUACAUUGCUUUCUUAUUCCGACACUCUCUCCCUUAUUCUUUAAGAACCUAUUUUAUUUGUCAGACUAAAUUAGUUCUUAUAUAAAUAAUGCUUUCUGGGCCAAAUUUCAGCCUGAUGUUCUUAAUCCAUUUGUUCUUAUAUGCGGGUGUUUGCUGUAUAGUUUUGAAGUGUCUGACUUGAUCUAUCCGGAUUGCAGGUCAGCUGUAUGUUGGUACUUAAUUUCGUGAUUUUGGUGAGACAGCAUUUCACAGAGUUUUAUUUUCGCAAUUCCAAUAGACAACUAUGAAAAAAGGCAUUAAAUUGCACGACUGAAGUGCUAUCAGCUCCAUUUCAUUUUCAAAACUUCUUAACUUUUCAUAACUAAUAAGGUAGAUCCAAUGAAACUGGCUGUUUUCACAGUUUUUAUAUACUAGAAAUGUGCACGAAACUGUUUCAUGCAACACACAAGACCAAUCAUUCACUGUGAUACUAUAAAGUGUUGGUUCUUGUUUUAACAUUAAAUCUUCAGGCUCGACCUCAUGGAAAUCACUGGGAAGCAAGGAGAGCGAUGCCAAUUAUUUGGACACCAGAGACAAUAGCAGCAGUGAAGCUGCUACUUAAAGAAAGGCCACCAUCAAUUCCCAAGUCCAACAAGUACCAGUUCGCAAGGGCUUCAAAAGGGUCCGUGGAACAUCUACAUGGCUGGGAUUGUGUCUUACCCAAUGUUAAAAAAUUAAAAGAAAUAAAGAAGCCAGAAGAAAUGACUAGCAUGAAACUUUGA